CGGAAUUUGAAAGGAGUUCAACGCUGUUCAGGAUCUCUGUGGAGGAGCUGUGUUUGCAGAAAGGCCCCAGCGGAGGAAAAUACGACUGUGUACCGUGAAAAACAUACAAAACAGACGGACUUUGGACUUUUUCCUGAGGAUGAUGGCUUCGAUAGCCGAUGAUGAUUUCUGCUCAUUGGCUGAAGAGAAGUUUGAUUUUGACGUUCCACUUUCACCAGCAAGUUCCAAAGGGGAAGACGAUGUUGAAGAUGAAGUGUUCUUGGGUCCCAUCAGUCAUAUGGAAAGGUGCAUUUCUCACGGAGUGGAGACUAAGGUUAAGGACAGUGUAAGCAGUGGGCCCUCUGUGGGUGAGGAGCCUAGCUGGAGCCCCCUGCUUGAGGAGAACUUUGAGGAGAUCCGUAAGGAGGCUCACCUUUUAGCCAGUCAUCUUGAGAGAACCAGUACAGACCCUGUAUCAGAAGGCAUUACAGUUACUUCCAAUUUGCCUGAAAAUGCAGAACAGUUUGAGGCAGACACCGGGGCCAAGCUGGACAUGUUCAGCAAGCGAUCUGAUGCGCUUAGUCCCAUCAAGAGGGAAACUUUCUGUGUUCAGGACAGCCCUAUGAAGCAGCUGCCUCCAGCCAUCCAGAAGCGACUGCAGAAGGUUUGUGUUAUGUCUGGUGGCAAGCAGCGCCUCAGCACGUCCAGCCCAGUGAGGCAUGCUGACACUCAACCAAAAAUGGCGCCCAGGGGCAGAAGUCUAAUGGCCAGUAAUGGGGUACUACCCAGCAAACCCAUAGCCAUGGGGAACCCGCGACUCUCCACUUGCACUCGACCAGCAGCAUCAAGCAAAACUAGGCUCCCUGCGCCAAGCAAAAAUUCAUUUGGCCUGAAGCGGAGUCCUGGCAGUAUAAAUACAAGUAAAGCAGGCUCAACUGAAGACCUUCUGUCUGAUACAGCUAGUGUGGCCUCUGAUGUGAGUGAUUCUUCAUUCAACACAAGCUUGCCCGGGAAGAGAGGCCUCUCGGCUUCCCACAAGACUGAAAAAAGAGGUGCACCUGUUUGUAAAGCUCCUACACUGCCCAAUAGGCGAGUAGGAGACCGAAGCCGAAAUACAUCUUCUUCCUCUUCUUCUGUGUCUAGUAUCAAUUCCAGCCUAUCUGUAUCUCCAACAGGUAAAGGUAAACUCAAUUCCUCCCUGAACACCAGUGUUAGUAGCAUCAGUGGCCGGGUUCCUAACAGUGGCAGCAGGCUUCCCAGCUCCAGCCGCAAGUCGGGCAUCAUCACCAGACCUGUGGAGCCCUCUGUUGGGAGACGAACUUCUCUGUCCACACAGGUCAGGAAGAGCUCAGAGCCUCUCCCUAGACCUGUCAAGGCCACCCCAAUUAAGAGACAAGAGACUGUAUCUUCUGUCCAGCACCAGACGCCGGCUAAGAAGACCAUGGAGAGGACCAUCUCUGUGCCCAUCAUAACUACUAAGUCUGUAAGCAGUGUUAAGGUGAACUCGAGUUCAAAGGCUUUUGUUGCUCCGACUCCCACAAACUCUCUGAAAGGAGUGCGUAGAUCUGAAGUUAUCUCGUCUCCUGAUGUCCCUCGAAUAAUGAAACCAAAGAGACUGAUGUCAGCUUGUAGUGUGGAGAGUCUUCCUCAGCGGCUCACAGUUCCUGCACCACAGGGUCUUCAGACCCCUUCAGCUGCAGCUGGCAUGCCAGUCCAGUCUAAACUGAGACGGCCAUCAGCUUUGCCCACGCCUGUGACCCGUCGGGUGUCUGGCAUCCCCAUGCUCACACCCAAAAGCGUGCCUCGUCUCAGCAGAUCGUCCCGUACUCCAGAGCGGCAGUCACCAGCCUCAGCCUCGGAGAUGAGUCAUGCUAGCCCAUGUCAGCUGAAGCAGAGUGAGCAGCAGGGAGUAGUUGAGCAGGCACUGGCCAAUGAGGAGCCAUGUGCCCCCACUGAGCUUCAGCCCUGCUCCUUGGUUUUUAACCUGGAAGAUGAUGCUAAUAGACCCACAGUGUGUGAACCAGCAGCAGUGGAGAAGGCCUCUACGUUGUCUACAGAGGGUCUAGAGCCUCAACAGCCCAAACCAGAAGUCAUAACACUUGCAAAGUCUGAGGAAAUCCUGCAGAACCACCAGAAGAAUAAGCCAGUGAUGCAGGAAGUGCUGCUGGUGGAUGCACCUGCUCCUGUUUUGAAACCAGAAGAGAAGGUUCUUAUUGACCUUGCCAACACCCCAGACCUGAUCAAAACUGUCCCAAAUAAGGUUUUUGGGGGCCAGCUGAUUGAUUUAAGUUCACCCCUUAUAAAGUGGAGUCCAGAAGAAAAGAAGGAAAAUGCUGUGACUGAAGCUCCACUUAUCAACUUGUCCUUUUAAAGGACCUGUACCAUGUUGGCAAAACCAGGGAAAGUAAAAGUGCAACCAGGAAACAGUGUCGGUUAAUAUAAAGAGAAUACGAGAUGGCUUAUGUGAUCAUUUAAAACUCUAAUGAUGUACUUUUUAUUUGUACGGUUGAUUUAUACACUGUGAUUUGUUUUAUUAUGGAAGGAGAAACUUCCUGUUUUUUGUGUUUGUCUUUGUUCGUU